UAAUAUAUUGGAUAGUCGUUGAAUUUAUCUACCAAUUUUUGAAAACUUUAUUCUCAUUGUUGUGUUACAAGACUUACAACGACAAAACUCAAAAGUGGUGCUGGUGUUCGUCGAACGGGAUUUCUUCUUUUCUAUUAUUAAUUUAUUAAUAACUACAUAAUAAUUAUCGGUUUUGUAUUAUUUAAUAUCUGCAAAUUUAUUUGAAUUAUCGUCACUUAAAAUAUCGCCUAGUUCAAAAAAAAAAAACAUUAUUCGUGAUUUCUUGUAUUUCCGGUAGUUAUUGAAAGCGAUUUAAAGAUGGCCUAUUCAGAAAAACACAAACAGUUCUUGCAGUACUUUAUGUUUAACAGAAUGGUAACAGAAGAAGAUGCGAACAUUGUGAAUGGAAGUCUCUUUCCUGAAAAAGACUUGGACAAUACUAUUGAACUUAUUAAUACCAAGAUUGCGCCAUUAGAAUUCAAAAUAAGUAAAAGAGUUUGCGAACAAGAUAGUAACAUAUACUAUGCGUUUAUUGCAUUGUUUGUUGAUGAUUUUAAUUGUAAAACAGAUCCAGUAAAAACUCUGUUUGUUGAAAUUGUCAAUUUUGUAAUUUUAUCAGGAGGAGUUGUGCCUUACGACGAAAUGAUUGCAAAAUACACAACCUUCAAUACAUUUUAUGACAUAUUGGAUAACUUGUUUAGAAGAAAAUAUUUAACAGCGGACGCUGAAAAAAAUAUCUAUUUAUCACCAUUAGCAGUUAGUGAAUUAGAUGGAUACCUAGUUGAAAAAUUUUCAAGUAAAAAAUGCAUGGGAUGUAUGAGUGUUGUAGCAUACGGAAUUCAAUGUGUUUCAUGUAAUAAAUUUAUACAUGGCCAUUGUUUGACGACUUACAGCAAAAAUAUUGGCAGUGCCAAAUGUCCAAAGUGUUCUCAGAAGAUAGUUUCUUCAUGGACACCUAUAUCCAUUGGUGUUGAUAUUUAAACAUACAAUUGGUUUUAAGAUGUACUAUAAUGCUGUUAUAUUUUUUAUGUUUAUGUAUUUUGAAUUUACAAUUUUUAUCAUUAACAUAUUGUAUAAUUUUUUACAAUUAAAAAUGUGAACAUUUACUUUUAAUUAUAUCUAGACAUAUCAUCAAAUUGGUAA